UGACAUGUUUCUCGCUGUAGUGCCACCAGUCCGGGCUAAACCUGCAGAACCAUCCCCUUAUUGCCCUUCGCUCUGGGUCCACAGUCCACCGGGACUGACCACAGCAUGGAGCAGACGGACAAAAAGAUCCUGUGCAUCGGCUUGGUGUGUCUGGACAUCAUAAACGUGGUGGAUAAAUACCCGGAAGAGGACACGGACAGCAGGUGUUUAUCCCAGCGAUGGCAGCGAGGAGGAAAUGCAUCAAACUCCUGCACCAUACUUGCCCUGCUGGGGGCGCCCUGCGCUUUUAUGGGCUCUGUAGCUCCUGGACCUGUAGCUGACUUCAUCUUGAAUGACUUUAAAAUGUGCGAGAUUGACAUCUCUCUCCUUCUGGAGCACGCCGAGUGCUCCUUUCCAGCAUCUGUAGUUAUCAGCAACGAAACCACAGGCAGUCGCACCAUCCUGCACAUGAACAGUUUCAUCGUGGGUGAUUUUGUCCGGCGUGGGGUGGACGUUUCGGGCGUUACGUGGCAGCCGUGGGGCGAGACGCCGUGCGCUUGCUGUGUUGUGAGUCCCAGCGCGGGGUCACGCACUGUCGUUCUCUCAGACACAAACCUGCCUGAUGUGACAGCGGAGGAUUUCUCAAAGCUGGACCUGAGCCAGUAUAAGUGGAUUCACUGGGAGGGUCGUAAUGCAGAGGAGCAGGUGAAGAUGAUUGAACAGGUGAGGGAAUAUAACAGCAAACAGGACAAGAACAACCAGAUCACCAUCUCGGUGGAGAUAGAGAAAACCCGAGAGCCGCUCUACCAGCUUUUCCCUCACGGAGACGUGGUUUUUGUCAGUAAGGAUGUGGCUGUACACUUUGGGUUCCAGUCAGCCGUGAGUGCUCUGAAGGGUUUUUAUAGCCGAGUGAGGAAAGGGGCUGUGCUGAUCUGUGCCUGGGCAGAAAAGGGUGCGGACGCGAUGGGUCCAGAUGGAGUUGUGGUCCACUCUGAUGCUUUUCCCCCUGAGAAAGUUGUAGACACACUCGGCGCAGGGGACACGUUUAAUGCAUCCGUCAUCUACACUCUGUCAAGGGGGGGGAGUCUACAGGAAGCGCUCACAUUUGGUUGCCAGAUUGCCGGCAAAAAGUGCGGUAUCCAUGGAUACGAUGGGAUUCUGCAGUGAACGUGGUGCAAAAGAGAAGAACAGUGAUGCAGAACAGAUCCUAAACUCAGGACCUUCUGAUUAAAUGAAGGAAGCAUGGCUGUUAAGCGUGGCCGUUAAAGCACGGUCGUCUUACUGUGGAAGCCUUACAUUGCAGAUUUCUCGCUCAGCUGAUCAGUAUCUGUAGAUGAUUGAAUAACAGUGAGUUUAUGUCUAGAUAAUUAAGGUGGACCUGCUGUUUUGGAUGGUCAUUGUAAUUCUAACUGAGCCGGUGCUCUCUCUAAUUCAGACUGUGAGGUUUAUAAUGCUAAUAUAAUUACAUAACAUAAUGUAAUAACAUUACUAUUACUGUAAUGGCAUUGUAAUUAACGUCAUGUCUGUAUUCAAAGAUGGCAAAGAAAUGAAAAGUGUGGAUUACAUGAGCGAAUAAACAAAAAUGUAUGUGUUGCUAAUCACUGCACACCA